CCCUCGCAGCAUCCGCCCACCAUGCCGCCGCCGCCGCCGCCGGCGCUGCCGGACGAGCUCCUCGAGGAGGUCUUCUUCCGCCUCCUGCCGGACGAGCCCGAGCACCUCGCGCGCGCCUCCCUCGUCAGCAAGGUCUGGCUCUCCCUCCUCUCCGACUCUCGCUUCCGUGCUCGCUACCGCAACUUCCACGGACCUCCCCCAAUGCUGGGCUUCCUUUGUUCCCGGCGCUCGAACUCCGUCCAUGAGGUAGAAGAUAACAUCCCACACUUCUUCCCCACCACGAAAUUCCCUGUGCGCAUUCCCGACGACGACUGGGGGGGAUGGAGGUACACUGCGGCCGCGUUCUCCUCGGCGAUGACUCUUGCGGCCCCCUUUCGCUCGUCGUUUGGGACCCCAUGACGGGCUGCCGGACGGAGCUGAACCCACCUGACCACUUGGGCAGAAGCUAUGGGGCAGCGGUGCUCUGCCCCGUUGCCGGCUGUGACCACCGUGCGUGCCACGCAGGCCCCUUCCAGGUGGUCUUCAUCGGUGUGGACAUGAUGGAAGAUGGAUGUCUUGCGCGCGCAUGUGUGUCCUUGCCGGUGGCGGGAGGUUGGAGCAAGCACUGCUCUGAUUUUUGUUUUAAUAAGUGGAGUGAGCCGUGGUCUGCUCUUCAUCUUGGGUCUACAUAUUGGGACGGAAUGUCUCCUGUCUCCGUCGAAGAUGCACUGUACUUCAAGCUCAAGUAUUGCGGACAUGAUCACAUGGCAAUUCUCAAGUAUGACUUGGGAUCUAACUGCUUAUCACUGAUUGAUGCACCGUUUGCCGGGUCUAUCCUUGUCGAUGCCGCUGUCCUCAUGGCGAUGGAGGAUGGCAGUUUGGGGUUUGCACAUGUGGAUAAGGUAACCCUCCACUUGUGGUCAAGACAGGGAGAUUCUGACGGAAUUGGGUCAUGGACUCAGCGUACAGUCAUCGAUCUUAAUAACCAUCUCCCCAUUCAAAAUCCCAAUAAAAGAUUUAGAUUGAUUGGAUCUCUGGAGGGCACAGAUAUCAUUUUUGUGACCAUGGGCCUUGACAUCUAUGAGAUUAAUCUCAAGACAUUACGGUGGAAGAAGCUACAGAAGAGAGAAAAGCUUUGUGGUCUGAUUCCGUACAUGAGUUUCUACAAUCCACAAGGAACAACUCUUAAGUGA